CUGGGCUGCCUCCUGAAUGCACCCUUCCUCCUCCUCUUCUUCUUCAGCACCUUUUGUGCCUGGCCUCCUCCUUCAGCACCAUGGAGAGCGACCCUCUGCGGAGCCUUGACGCCGCCGGCUUCCUCCGCCUCUGGCAGCACCUGGACGCCGACGACAAUGGUUACAUAGAAGGGAAGGAGCUUGAUAACUUUUUCCAUCAUCUCCUGAAGACACUGGGCAAUGAAAGCACCAUAACUGAAGAAAGAGUUCAAAAAGUGAAAGAACGGUUUAUGUCAGCCUAUGAUGUAACUGCAGAUGGACGCUUACAAAUACAAGAGCUUGCAAAUAUGAUCUUGCCAGAAGAUGAGAACUUUCUGCUGCUUUUCCGACGAGAAACGCCUCUGGACAACAGUGUGGAGUUCAUGCGGAUUUGGCGACAAUAUGAUGUGGACAGCAGUGGUUUUAUUUCUGCUGGUGAGCUCAGAGACUUUCUCCAAGAUCUUUUUCAACAACAUCAGAAAACUAUAUCUAAGGCAAAGCUGCUAGAAUAUACUGAUACCAUGAUGAAGCUCUUUGACAAAAACAAGGAUGGACGACUGGAUUUGAAUGAUCUGGCAAGGAUCCUGGCUCUUCAGGAAAAUUUUCUGCUUCAAUUUAAACUGGAUGCUUCUAGUGCAGAAGAGAGGAAGCGAGAUUUUGAGAAAAUCUUUGCACACUAUGAUGUUAGUAAGACAGGAGCACUGGAAGGCCCAGAAGUGGAUGGAUUUGUAAAAGAUAUGAUGGAACUUGUCAAGCCCAGCAUUAGUGGAACAGAUCUGGACAAGUUCCGUCAGAUCCUGCUUCGCCAUUGUGAUGUCAAUAAGGAUGGAAAAAUUCAAAAAUCUGAGCUUGCCUUGUGUCUGGGACUUAAAAGCUCCCCAUAGACCUGAAUGUGCUUCUCCUGUGGUUUGCCAAUUAUUGUCUUUUGUGGGAGCCUGCUGGUAACUGGUAGAAUAUUAUCAGUGCUGUGUUAAUGAUCUCUGUUGUACUGUACAUAGAAGACAGAGGGAACUCGUGUGGAUAUGAAUAUUCAUUUGCAGGGAUGCAGCCAAAUUUAAAAAACAAAAAGCAAGAUGUGAUGAGCAGUAUCACGUCCCCUGCUGUUCCAGGAGAGAGGUUGUCUGUAGGAUUUCUUACACGUUUUUAAACAAGCACAUAUCGACAAAUUUAGUCUAGCAGAAACAUAUGUGGCUAUUUUUCCAGGAGAGCUGCUUCAUGUUAUUAAAAUUUAUUGCAUUCCAUUCCUUAGCCUGCAUCUCCCCAAAGUAGUGCCAAUUUCUUCUUAACAUUCCAUCUUUGUGACAGUGUUGUGACAUAUGAAAUUUACUGUAUUGUUUUUCUUUUUAGAAAAGCACACAAACAAUUGGGUUUUGGAGGCAGCUCAGCAUAUUUGCAUUUAAAAAAGCAGAAGUUUAAAAAGAGAAUAGGGCUGGUGUCUCCAUUAGUUACAAAUAUUACACCCCAAAAUAACGACCCUGCUAUAUUUGACUGAUUUGGGCCUAAAUCUUAUUGUCAUUCCCAACAUGAGUAAACCUUUCAAACCUGUGGGAUUUUAACUAUGUGUUGAUGUAUUCACUAAUCGAUUCACUGGGGCUACUCUAGUCUGUCUUCUGUGUAUCAGUCUGCAGAUUAGCUUUGACAACUUUCCACUAUCUCUUUUUUGAGCUUUUUCAAUUCAGGAUGUCUCAGCACAAGAAUCUAUCAAUCCUUAAUGUAGCCUACUUUCUCUCAACAUAUGACUUUAAAGACACUACUGCCUUUUUUUCUCUGUGGCUUUUGCAAUCUUAGUUUAUAUUUUGUAUACGAUGUAAAUCCAAUGUGAUAUGCAUACCAUAAAAAGGUAGUUGCAACUAGUCUCCGUAAUUUUCAGUGAAACAGUUACCAGUGUCACAGAUCUCCUCAAAUGUACACCAUAGGUUUUAUUGCAAGGGGAAUAAAAGUAUAGAAGGAAAUAUCAGUGUGUUUCCAUCGUCUGUCUACCUUUUGGAAUAUUGUAAUGAUUUGCCAUCUCCCUCACUUCCCAUGUAUUAGUAGCAAUGGAUAUUAUUACUUCUAACAUAGUUACCAGUCUUCUGAGAUUAUAUUUCUGAAUCCGUA